UGCUACUGGACGAAUGUACACAUGGAGAAAACUAGCAAAGAAAAAAUAGUGAAAACUUAAGUAAGAGAGAUAUGUAAUUUUCUCCAAACAUAGGGGAUCUAAUAUUUAUUUAUAGAUAUCUAAUCUAUAACAUAUUUAUUUAAACAUUAUUUUAUUAUUAUUAUAAAUUAUAGUUAUAGUUAAAGCCGGCCUGAAACUGAAAUCAGAACUGAGAAAUAGAUUAAUAGAAGAUUUAAUAAUAAAUAUGGUCAUGGUAUAAUAUGAUUAUUAUGAUUCAUGAUAUAAAUAUCUGAGUUUAGCUAAGGCCAACUUAGGUGAGAGAAAGAACAAUUAAAAGUGAAAAUAACUUAAAAGGACGUUUCCGUUAAAUGCCUUCACUUUCUUCAGCAGACAAAAAAAAAAACAAGUAUGUGCCAUGAGGGCCAUGUGCAAUCAUAAUGACAAUGAGCCAUCCAUCCCUGUGGCGCUACAGCUUCCUUCCACUCAGACCUAACUAAUGCCUUUCUUUUCCAUGCUUGGACUUUCAGCUGCUGUAGAUCUUUUUCUACAUUUACAUCAUCUAUCCACCUAAGCCUAGGUCUGCCUUUGAGCCUUUUUCCUCUGGGGUGUUGGUGUUGUACCCUCUUCGUUCCUCUGUCAUUUUGGCAUUAUCUCUAGGUGUCCUGCCCAGCGUAGCCUGCCUCUUUUUAUUUCUGCCACUAUCGUGGGAUCCUGAUAUAGACUGUAUAAUUCCUGGUUGGUUCGUAUUCUCCAUCCAUAUUCAUCCUUUGUUGGCCCAUAUAUUUUCCUGAGAAUUUUCCUCUCCCAUGUGUUUAAUAGGUUUUCUGCUGUUUUUGUUAGGGUCCAAGUUUCACUUGCAUAUGUUGCAACUGGUCUGAUCACAGUUUUAUAAAUAGUUUUCUUUGUUUCUCUUGUAAUGUUUUUACUUUUGAGUAUUUUCUGACUACUGAAGUAUGCCCUGCUCCGGCUGAUAUUCUUUCUUUUAUUUCUGUUAGUAAUUCGUUUCUUUCAUUUAACAUUACAAGGAUCCUAGGUAUUUAAAUUGAUUUACUUUUUCAAAAGUGUGGUUUCUAAUUUUAAUUGUUUCAUCUGUUUGUUCCUCUCUUAUCAUGGUCAUGUAUUUUGUUUUUUGGUUGUUAACUUCCAGCCCUGCUUGUAGAGAUGCGUCGUCUAAUUCAAUAAAGGAUUUUGAUAUGUCUUUUAUACUUUUCCCUAGAAGUGCUAUGUCAUCAGCAUAUGCAAGAUACUGAAGUGUUUGGUUGUAGAGUGUGCCCGUUGGUUGUGGGUCUUGAGUUUCCCUCAGAAGCCAUGUGCAAUUGGUAAAGGAUAAUUAUGGUUUUAAGAAAUCUGCAAUUUUGUUGCUAGCAAAUUUUAUUUUAGAAUUAGGCCUGAGCUUUUGAAGAGAUUUUAAAACUCUGCAAUAAAAAAAAAAUUAUAAAACAAUAAUUUUAAUUAUAAUCUUUUAACCUUUCUUUUUUCUCAAAUAGAUAGCCAAAGAAAACAUGGAUUCAUUCCACUGGAUAUUGAACAAUGUGGAUUUUCGUUUCUACAGCAAAUCAGAAAUUCUACAGUUGAGCGUGAAGGAAAUAUUCAAUCCACAAACUUUUGAUGUACUGCAGAAUCCUGUUAUAGGAGGAUUACAUGAUAUAGCAUUAGGUAAAAAAAAAAAAAAAAAUUAGAGAAGGCUUCUGAAGGCUUGGAGGUGCCCAAAAUUAAUUUCUAAUUAUGUAUAUUCCCAAAGAAAUUCUACAGUUGAGCGUGAAAGAAAUAUUCAAUCCACAAACUUUUGAUGUACUGCAGAAUCCUGUUAUAGGAGGAUUACAUGAUAUAGCAUUAGGUAAAAAAAAAAAAAAAUUAGAGAAGGCUUCUGAAGGCUUGGAGGUGCCCAAAAUUAAUUUCUAAUUAUGUAUAUUCCCAAAUUAAAAGUAAUAAAUUACAAAGCUUAUAAUUUCGAUAACUUGUUAGCAAUUAAAUUAUUUGUUAUUAAUAACUAUUCAGUUGUACUGCAGAAUUUUAAAUUUGUUUUUUGUUUUAGAUAAUGACUUGGCUGUACAUGCUAUUAACCAUUAAGGGUUUCUCAUUUUGGAUUUAACUUAUUUUAAUAUCCUUAUCUUUGAGGUCCGUGCCGCAGAGAUGAACGCUGCGAAAGUUGUGGUCAGAGUGAAAAAAACUGCCCAGGUCAUUUUGGCCACAUCAAACUCCCAGUCCUACUAUUUAACCCGAUUUUAUUUAAGGUUCUUCUUAAGGUAAAUACCCUCUAACCAAAUUAUUACGAGAUUAGUACAUUAUGAAUAUGUUAUAAAAGAAUGAAUGCAAUGUCAAAAAAAAACAUACAUAAAUUUAAAAUCUUCAAUGGUAAUCAGUGGAUCCAAUGAACAAACCCAAGAAGGAUGACUUAGCUUUCAGCUUUUAUUGCCAUCUGUGCAUAUUGGUAGAAAUAAUUUUUUUCUUUCAUCGUGUUAUUUGUUUUAAUGAGUGACUUUUCAAAACACUAAUCAGCUGACAUUUUGCUCCUCUGGUGAAUGUGAUUUUAGCUCCUGCCAUUGGUUCUAUUGUGUAUAGUUAACUAAGUAUUUUAACUUGAAUUAGUCUGAAGUAGUGUCAGCAUUUAAGGCAACAACUUUCCCUAAAACAAUAUAAUUUCAACCAUCAAUCUCCAGCUCAUUGCACUCACCUCUCUACGGAAAAUAAUUAAGUAGUCAUAUUUUAUUUAUUUCAGUUACUCAAAGGCAGCUGCAUGUGCUGUCACAGAAUCAAAUUGCCUCUUAUUCAUAUUAAGCUCUAUACGUAUCAACUGGAGUUGCUGGAGAGAGGCUUACUUGUGGAAGCUCAAGAUUUAGAGGAGAAAUUCUUGAACUGUGAAAAAUCGGAAAAUGUUGCUUUUCAGGAAAUGCAAGACUAUGUCAGAGAUGUCCUCCAUGGUAAUUUUGAUUGAUACUUUGAUUGGAAGUUUAAAUAUGCUUCAAAGCCUAGCAAUGCCAGCUCUUGAUCUUAGAGAUCUGCAAUUAAUUUGAAGACAGAGUCAUUGCAGUUUGUUAAUAUAACUUUGUCUCCUUUUAAAAUAUUCACAACCAUUGAAAUUGGAUCAUGAAAUGACUUUUUGAAAUUGUAAAGAAAUACUUUUAAAAAAAAAUCUUAAAAGAAAUACCGUAUUUAUUGGCGUAUAACACGCACCUUCACGCCGUUGUGCGGUAUGUACUAUGGCUCCUUAACAUUAUAUUGGCGUAUAACACGCACACAUCAUUUGCCCCAUAUUUUCAGGGAGAAAAAGUGUGUGUUAUACGCCAAUAAAUACAGUAUAUACUUUUGACUAAUUUAUUCUUCAGUUUUGUUUUUUUCUUCAUGUAAAUACAAAAAAAAUUAAAUGACCAUCAGUGCAGGAUUUCAAUAAAACAUGCUUUUGGUGAACAUGCACGUUCAUAUUUUAUAGAUUAGGAGUAACCCAAAAGCCUUUAAUCUUGCUGUAAAAUAACAGACCAGAUUUGCUGCUAUAAGUUCCUUUCACUUAAAUGAAAUUUUUAAAAAAAAAGUACAAAACUCAAUUAAUUUUUUUUUUUUGAACCUGUAUUUUCUAGGUCAUAAGACAACUGGCCAUGUAUUAUCAAAGAAUGUCAUCACUUUACAUCAGAUUGCCGUCCGUACUAUCUUGAAUGCAUUUACCUCCUCAAAGUCUGUGUGUCUGCACUGUCAAACCAGGAAUCGUACUUUAAAAGCCGAGUACAAUCGUACCAUUGUUGGAACUAUGAUUGAAGAGAGAUCAAAAAAUAAAACUGAGUAAGACUUCUCAAUGACUUUUUAGCUUUAGUAAUACUGGCACUCCAAGUUACACUCUGGAGCAGAGGCUGAUUGAUAUAGUUAUACAGUCUGUAUCGCAUCCUUCCGUCUUCGUGAGACGAUGGAGUAGCUAUAUAGUUCUACACUUUGACGAGUGGCUCACUAGGCCAAUCCUAGAAUGGCACUCACGGUCGCAUCUCUCGCAGGAGAAUAUUGAAUCCCGCUAAAUUCUUGAUUUCCGAAUUGUUCUUUUUGAUUCAAGGGCCUCGUUUCGAGUAUCUUCUGCCUUGUUUACUCCUUCAAACACAGCUGUUCGCCAGUUGCAGCGAUGUUCGGCAAUGAACUCCUAUUUGUUUGUUUCAAUAUUGGCUUCCCUCAUGCUUCGUUUGCAAACGUCAAUAAAUCUCAGGCGCGGUCGUCCAAUAUGUCUUGUCCCUUCUGCAAACUCUCCAUGCAGCAGAAUCUUUGGGACACGUCCUUCCUUCAUUCUCCGUACAUGACCUAAACAGCGAAGGCGCCUCUUAUUUGAAAGGAGAAUAUGCUAAACGUGUACGUUCCAAAACCUCCACGUUAGGCACCCUGUCCUGCCAACGAAUGCGCAAAAUGCGACGUAGACAUCUUUGAUAGAAGGUGUUGAGUUUCCGCUCGUGGCUGGUAUAUGUGGUCCACACUUCCCUGCCAUAUAGGAGCGUGCUAAGCACUUAUUUUUGUUUUAUCAGUUAGAUUGAGAUUAUUCCACACCCGCUUAAUCAGUUUAGCCAUAGUUGCUGCUGGUUUUGCAAUCCUGAUAUUUAUCUCUUCAUCAACGGAGAGAGAACUAGAAAUAUUGGAUCCCAGGUAUGUGAAAUGAUCAACAACCGAAAGAUUAUGACCCUCAAUAGAUAUGAUUGGAGGAGACGGUGCUUCUUGCAUCAUUACAUGAGUUUUCUGUAGACUAAUCGAAAGUCCAAACUCUUUACAAGCGUGUGAUAGACGAUUAACCAGCCCCUGCAGACCUUCUUCUGUGUGAGAUGUUAAGGCGGCAUCGUAGACGAACAGCAGUUCACGAAUCAGCACCUUUUUUACUUUGGUCUUUGCACGAAGGCGGGCGAUAUUGAACAGUCUUCCAUCAGAUUUUGUAUGGACAUACACUCCAUUUUCACAGUCACUGAAUGCAAAUUGAAGGAGCAUUGAAAAGAAAAUUGAAAAGAGCGUUGGUGCCAGUACACAACCCUGUUUUACUCCGCUGCUAACUGGGAAUGACUCAGAGACAGUGCCAUUGAAAGCAACUGUGCUGUUCAUGUUUUUGUGAAAUGACUGUAUUAUUGUGAGCAGUCGUGGGGGACACCUAUUCUUUGCAGGAUACUGAAAAGGCCUCUUCGACUUACCAAGUCAAAUUCCUUGGUCAGGUCUAUGAAGGCAAUAUAAAGAAGCAUAUGCUGUUCGCGACAUUUCUCCUGCAUUUGGCAUAGCGAAAAUAUCAUGUCUAUUGUUGAGUGCCCACUCCUGAAGCCACACUGGGACUCUGAGUAGAUGCGGUUCGCAAGACUCUGCAAUCGUUUAAGGGCAACACGGGCAAAAGUCUUUCCAACUAAGCUAAGGAGAGAAAUACCUCGGUAGUUAUUGCAAUCACUACGUCCCCUUUAUUUUUAUACAAUUUACAAUGUUGGCGUCUCUCAUGUCCUGGGGAAUGUGACCUGUUUCCCAACACAAACAGAGGAGCUCAUGUAAGGGCUGAAGUAGGAUAGGUUUUCCAUUUUUGAGGAUUUCCGCUGGGAUGCCGUCGAUCCCUGGAGCCUUUCCAUUCUCAAGGUAAUCGAUGGCCUUUUCGAGCUCCUGUAAAGUUGACUCUUCAUCCAGUUCAUUCAUUACUGACAAGGCAGGAAUAUUAUGCAGAGCGGUCUCAGUGAAUACAUUCAUUGUAGAGUAUAGCUCAAGAUAGUGCUCUACCCAACGCCGGAGUUGAUCAUUUGGAUUCUUGAUAAUUUGAUCUGUUUUGCACUUGAGUGGUGCUAUUUUUGACGUGUGUGGACCAAAUUCCCUCUUGAUGCCCUCGUACAUGCUCCUUGCAUCUCCGUUGACUGAAACCGAUUGUAUGAAGUUGCAAAAGUCUAGCCAGUAAGUGUUGGCACAGUGGCGGGCAGUCUGCUGUGAUAAUUUUUUUGGGGUUCGUAGAGCCUGCAGUGUACUAGCACAAGGUGCAUCCCUAUAGGCAAGUAGGGCUCUUCUCUUCCUCUCGAUUACGGGUUCCAUCACAUUCCAAUGUGCCUCGUACUAGUCAUUUUUAUGCUCCUUUUUACCAUAGGCGGACAUGGCUGAAUCGUACACAGCAUCUCCUAAAUGACUCCACUUAGAGUCAAUAGUUCCAUCGUGUGAUCCUUUAGCAAGGGUGUCCUGCAACACUUUUAUGAAUUGCUGCGUUUUUUCUGGGUUGUUUGAGCAGAGGAUGUUUAUUCGUGGACGACACGACUUUUUAGCAUUAUGCAAUUUUUUGGGCAUUAGUCGUAUCUUGCUUGCCACUAGAGAAUGGUCCGUGUCACAGUCGGCACUAUGGUAGCUGCGUGUGUGAAGUACACUAGCUAGUUCCAAGCGCCUAGUAAUGACGAGGUCUAGCUGGUGCCAGUGGCGGGAAGUGGGUGUCGCCAUGACACCUUUUGGAUUUGUUUACAUUUGAAGAAGGUAUUUGUAACACAGAGACCAUGGGAGCAGCACAGCUCCAGCAAACGUCCGUUUUCAUUAAUCAGCUCCUACCCUAGCAUUAAAGUCUCCCAGAAUGUACAAUGUUUUGGGAACACUUGAUAAUUCUUGGUCCAGGGUCUCAUAGAAAAAAUCUUUCUCUUCUGGAGUCGAAUGAAGAGUUGGAGCAUACACACUGAAUACAUUGACCUUGCCAGCAGAUGAUGACAUCCGCAGUCGCAGAAUCCUCUCCGAUCCCAAUGAAGGAGGUUCAAUACAGGCCAAUAAUCUGUUUUUUACGGCAAAUCCAACACCAUGCCGUCUAGGUUCAUCUGCGGGUUUCCCAUGCCAGUAGAAUGUGUAGCUGGCUUCCUUGAUGGUACCACUAUCCGAUAGUCGGGUCUCUUGAAGGCCUGCAAUAUCAAUGUUCAGUCUGGCGAGUUCUUUAUCAAUGAUGGCAGUCUUCCUUGCGUAUUCAAUUUGAUCAAGGUCCGUUUCAAAUCCAGGACACAUGGUUCUCACAUUCCAUGCCGCGAAGCGAAGUGGUUGAGUCUUCCUCCUAUUGACUUUCUUUGCCUUGCGAAACAAACUUGCUCUACGUUAAGUGACGUCGCUAAUAUAGCUACUUAGCCUGGGCGGUGAUUUAUGGAGACCAGCUGUUGCCCAAUGCAGCAGAUCCCCACUCUCCACGCAACCAGUGGACCCAAGGGAAUGACAAUUGUCAAUACAGUUAUACAGUAAACACUUAAAUAACAGUAAAUAUUUGUGCAGCCUAUCAAGAGUGAAUACUCAAAUUUUUCUACAGUCUUACAAUGAAAAUAUGGUGUCUGCACAUAUUUAUGAUUUCUUGAAAGAAAUCUUGGUAAAUAUAUUUGAUCAUGCUCUUUAAAAAGAAAAAUAUUUAAUUUCAAGAAAGUGUCAGUAAGUAGUUCGGUAAUUUAAGUUUACUAGUCUGUGGCCUUAUACAUUUUGAUACUCAUAUUUCUUUUAAUGACACCAUUUUAGCCAGAGAAAGUUUAUGUAAGGAUUUCGCCUUGUCUUCAAUGUGAUGUGUCAGUUUCAAAUUGAGAAAAGAAAUGCCACCAUUGAUUUGUAUUGCUAUUAUUUUAAUUAGGCUUUACAAAGACCAUAAUGUUUCAUUGUGUCAGAAUGGUGUAUUUUAAACGCCACUCCAAGCUGGAUGCUGUUUUUGGACUGUUGUGGUUAGGAUUUUUUCAUUCAGGGUUUAUCACCUCCCCAAGAAUAGCUGCUUAGCUGGGCUGAUGAGUCUAUUGUAGAUGGGGACAACACUCUUGUUUGUGAGACUGGUGGCCACUGUGUCGGUCGGGAUAACAUGACACACUCUAUUCUAAAUAUUAGGAAUUUUUCAAAUUUAUUAGCAUUUUUCUGUCAUCUUGUCUGUGUUUUGGCAGUAGCUAAAGAUUGAAUACAAGCUGAAAAUUGUUCCUUUUUUUCCUCUCACGUUUGAAAAGCAAAACCAAGGUGAAAAAAGACCAAGAGGAAAAUGAGGUUGAUGCCAACGGGGAUGAUGCUGUUGAAAUGGAUGACAGGCAAACAAGCCAAGCUGCAGAUGAAAAUUCAGAACAGGACAAACUGGAUUCCGGGUUGGACCCAGUGCCAGUCGAGGCUCAACUUCAGACAGAACUGGAUCACUUCAUUAAAUCUAAACACAAGAGGUGCAUAUUGUCUCCAAAUGUGGCCAGAGAGCAUGUCAGACUGGUAAGAAGUAUUAUAAGUACUGGAGGUAAUUGUGCUCACACCUGGAAGUUUUACCUGCUAAAGACUCAAAAAUUAAUUUAUAUCAUUAAACCAACUUGCAUUAAAAUGAGCAAUAAUGUACAGUUGACCUUGUAAAGUAAGAAAAAAAUACUUUUAGAAUUGUCAAUUACAGGUUAAUCAGGACCUAGUUCAGAUAUAUGUCACUUUAGUAUUAAGUUAUCCUCUAUUGAGAAGCAUGCCAUUUUUAUUACUGUUUGUUUAUCAAAUAAUGAUUUUCUGAUUUAUUUCAAUUUCAGGUCUGGGAACAUGGCAAGGAGUUUUUACAAAAAUUGUUUCCUUUUCUGGCCAAAGUGAAUGGUGCAGAAGUGCCAACUGAUGUUUUUUUCCUUGAUGUCAUUCCAGUACCACCAUCCAGAUUCAGGCCUGUGUGUCUCAACAUCUUAUUUUCCUGCAUGAUUAAUAAUAAACUGUUAAUUUACUGUCAUUUUUUUCAAAAUCAGAAAGGAAUUUAAGGCUUAUGGAUUUUCUUAUUGAUCAGCUUGUUCAGCAAUUGAGUCAAAUAAAAAAAAGACUGGUUAAUGGAUCAGCCAGCAAUUGGGAAGAGUAGUUAUUUUCUUUUUGUAUUAAAAAGAAAAUUCCUAACUGAUUUUUAAAAAAAUUCAAUUAAAACUUAAUGUAUAUUUUUUACUAAUAGUUUUCAAAGAAUAUGUGAGUUAUUGAAUCAUCCUAUUACAAAAUUGUGUCAGCGUGAUAAUAAAAAUCAAACCAUUAUUUUUAAGAACAAUAAAAACUUGCUUUUAUAUGUGCACAUUAAAAGAAAAAUCAUUAAAAAUAUCUUGGUAAAAUAGAAAUAAGUUAUAACAAAUUUAAAUCAACUAAUGACUAUGUUAAUUAAAUGCAAUGAAAAUUAAUAAACUGAUGCAAAGAGAACAUCAGUUUGUUAUUUUUACAAUGUUAUGAAUAUAAUUAAAAAAAACAAUUUCAACUAUAUUUGCAUUCACUAUUUGUGAUAUCAACAUUUCGCCCUUUUCUUCUCAGCUGAGCAUAAUGAAAGAACGAAAGUAUGAACACCCCCAGACUGCCAACUUGUCCAAUGUUCUAAGGGAGUGUGUUACAUUGAAGGAUCUGUUACAAACUUACAGCAAGAGGAUAGAGAAUGUUCUUGAUGGCAAUGUUCAGGUGAUCAUUUUUAAAAAAAAUGAGUAGCUGCUUAGAACUCUACUGAUCCCUAAAUAACCCUACAACAACAGGAUGCUAAAAAAAUAUGGCUGUUUAAGAAACACAUAUAUAUUACCAUUUGAUAAAUAGGAUGACAUGUUACUUGCAUUGUUAAAGUCUGCAGACGUGAAAAUUUGUGUGGUUUGUAGCCACUUAAUCUAGACUAUAGCUGUUGACGAAUAAAAAUUAUCUUUUCAUUUGUUUGAUAAAUAAACAUCCCCAUAAAAAUAUGGCCACUGAAAAUACCAGUGCAUUUAAUUUAAAAAAAAGAAAGAUUAAAUUUAUGUGGUAAAUAAAUUCAUUGCAAACCACGCAGAAAGUUUAGAUUAAGUCCAUUUUGUAGACAUUAAAUAACUAAAUAAUAUAGUUCAUUUGUUUAUCUUAACAUUUAUCUAUGCUCGAUUAAAAUAUCUUUGGAAAAAAAAAAAAUACAAGUUAACUAAUCUCUACACCAAUUUCUUUUGUAAAAGCUUUCUUUGCUUCUGUAUGUAACUCAGUGUUUUAAAUCUCUGAAUCUUUAGGGGUUGACAGUUCAAGAUACCAAUGAGAACAUGACAGUUCAUGUACAGAAGAUAAUGGCUUCUUGGUUGCGACUUCAGUCCAGGGUUAACAUUGUACUGGAUAAUGAACUGGACAAGCUGACACAGGACUCCUGUAUUGGUGUCAGGCAGGUCAGUCGGGUUUUAUCUUUGUGGUCUUAUUUUACAUAAUAAUUUUUUAUUUUUUAGCUAUUUGAAACUAAUAUAAAGAAACUAAAUUGCUAAGCAGGAUAUGGUCAAUGAUUUCAUUGAUACUCACAAGUGUGCUCCUUAUCUCGGUCACUUACAUUGAAAAUGUUUCCCUAAAUAAGCUAAUGCUCUGAACUCAUUUUGUUAUUAAAAAAAAUUAUUUGUUUCCUUAGUUGAAAAAAUAGGUAUCAUUUUUAAUUUACUUAGCAAAAAAAUUGAGCUUGAGAUGAGCAAUAACUUUUUCUUAGACGUGUCAACUUUAAAAUACAGUAAUUUAAAACAGAAAAAAUUUAUAUAUUAGUUUAAACCAUUCAGCUUUGUAAAAAUCUCCUUUUAUUCUUUAAAUACAAUGAAGUGUUAGCAUGUACAUGAAAAAGAAACAUCUGAACUAUUCUCUACCAGCUUCUUGAAAAGAAAGAAGGCCUUUUAAGGAUGCACAUGAUGGGAAAGCGAGUCAACUAUGCAGCUCGUUCGGUAAUCUCUCCUGAUCCGUACAUAGCCACCAACGAAAUAGGAGUGCCCAUGGUGUUUGCUUCUAAGCUUACCUUUCCUCAACGAGUCACCCCCUGGAAUGUCCACCAGCUGCGACAGAUGGUCAUCAAUGGACCUUUAAUCUAUCCCGGGUCAGCAAGAGCUUUAGGAACUUAAUUUACUGCAAAGGGACAUUUUAAUGAUGAUCAUAGAAAAUAUUCCCAGUUUUAAACAGUAAAAUAUUUUCCUGGAACCAUGGAAAACAUAACAAAAUAAUAAGAUAAGACAUAAUUUUCUUACAUUAGGUGGUGAAUACAGUCACUGUCCAAGUGUUGUUUUUCUCUCCCCCAUUGACUGUUAUAAUUAAAUUUUGUAUAUAUCGUCAAGAUUACCAUAAUAUUGAAUCAUUUAGUUGUAAGCUUAGGUGUCAAUCAUCGUGUUGUUAACUGGAAGCUUAAACACAUACAUGGCAAAUAUAAAAAAAUACUUCAGUGAAAAAUGAACAUUAAAUAAAUAAAAAAAGAAGGGUUUAAGUGAUUUAUUACCACCUGAAAAUAACAUAGAAAUGUUUAAGGUGUAGCUUUGAAAUAAAAUUUUAUCUGUGUCACAACUGCCAACUUAUUGUAUAAAAAAAAUAAAUAAAUAGUCUUUUUUGUGUGCUCCUAGUGCUGUGAGUGUUAUCAAUGAAGAUGGUACUGUGACCAAACUGAAUCCAGCAAAUGCCAGUCAGAGAGAGGCCAUAGCCAAGCAGCUUCUUGUGCCAGACCAAAAAGUUGCUGGGUCAAAAACGGUUAGCUUAUCAUUCUCAUUCUUCUUUUUUAAAGCGGCUACCUGUCAAAAGGAUGUUUUGGUAACAGAUUUUUAUUUAACCUUUUCAAUGUUUCAAAUGGCAGUAACAUAAAUUUAUUUUAAAAUUUUACAUAUGAUAUCCAUAUGUUCUGCAUUUGUGCUAUCACACAUGGACUAUUGCAAUGCUCUCAUGGUGGGUCUUCCAGCUACCCUCCUGGAUAAAAUUCAAAUAGCACAGAAUAAUGCGGCUCGCAUUAUUCUCUGCAAAUGCAAGUUCGACCAUGCAAAAACACGUCUGAGAGAGUUGCACUAGCUGCCGGUGCGUGCUCGCAUAGAGUACAAAAUCACAACUUUGUGCUACCGCUUCUUACAUGACCUGGCGCCGUCCUAUCUGAAAGAGCUGCUGACGCCUUAUGUACCCACUAGAGAGCUCCGCUCAUCCGAUAGUGGCAAACUCUCGACACCACGUGUUUGCCUUGAGACUUAUGGAAAGCGCACUUUCACAUUUGCUGGUCCAACAAUUUGGAACGCCCUUCCUGUCGAUCUCAGAAACAACCAGACACUGGAGUCCUUUAAAACCGAUUUAAAGACACAUCUAUUUCGCAAACACUUUCUGGGAUGAUUGUCUACCUUAUUUUCCAGUUAAUGCAUAAUGGCUGUGUUGCUUAUGGUUGAAAUGGCUAGAAAGACUUUGACAUUGUAUGCUUGUAAUUAGUUUUUGUAGUGUUGCGUUUGUUUUAAAUGUGGUAAAUUAUAGAUUGGUUUUUUGUUGACUUUGUACCGCGCUUCGAGCCUUUGGGGAUGAAGCGUGUUUUUGAAAUGAACUUUAUUAUUAUUAUUAUUAUUUGUUUUAUUAGUCUUCUCUAGCGAUUGAAAUGAACAAACCAGAUUACUUGUUUGUAGUGAUGAUCAUAAUUCUCUCAAACUUCUAGCAUUAAAGUCAGUUUUAACAAAUUUUCAUAUUUCCAUGUUUAGGUAUGCCGCCAUCUUAUCAAUGGUGACCUUUUACUGCUUAACCGACAGCCCACUUUACAUAGACCCAGUAUGCAAGCACACAAGGUGAGACAUUCAUUUGUAUACAAAGUUAAAUAAUAAUGGAGAAAAAUGUGUCCUGAUUUUUGUCAAUUAAACAUUUUUAAGUGGCAGCUAAGGCGUUUUAUUUUAACAAACGAGAAAAUAUGAUUGCUUACACAAAUUAUUUUGCUGGGCUGCAAAAUUCACUGCUGAUGAUUGUUUACUGACUCUAUAUUACUGUCUUCUUUAUUUUAAAUUUCCUUUAAAUUAUCCAAACUAGGUAAAGAGUGUAAUGUGAACAUCUCUAUUCAUAUUUAUCUGAGAUUUAUUUUGUUCUCAGGCUCGAGUUCUCCCUGCAAUAAAAACAUUAAGGAUGCACUACUCCAAUUGCAAGGCCUACAAUGCUGACUUUGAUGGUGAUGAAAUGAAUGCUCAUUUUCCUCAGUGUGAGCUCAGCAGAGCAGAGGCUUCCUAUUUAGGUAGAAAACCAGUUCCCAAGGCUUUUUCCCUUAGUGAUAUUUAGUAUAGGCUGUGUGUUGCAGUGCCAAGCUGCUAUAACUUUAUACUUUGAAAGGGUUUCAAAGCUCUCUUCUGUGGCCAUGCAAAACGUCUAAUUUUUUAAAUUUUUUACUAUGCUGCAUUUAAUCUUCUUCAUUUUUUUCGAACACCAGACAUAACUUGCAAAACUUGCCUGGCUUAUAUGUUUAUAAUACAGUGUAUCUGAUAUUCCAAGUUCAUUCCCUUUCUUGUAUAGCUGAACUAACAUCAUUUUUAUUGAAACACAGCUUAGAUAUAAUUUUAUUGGAAAUGUAUAUUUUUAGAAUGUUUUAUUUAGUCUCUUUAAAUUUUCUCAUUAUUUCUCAAAAGAAAAUUGUAAAAUUUAAAAUCCUGAUUGUUUUUCAGCUCUGACAGAUUAUAACUACUUAGUUCCAAAGGACAGCACACCAUUGGCUGGUUUAAUUCAAGAUCACAUGGUUUCAGGUGUUGCCUUGACGAUAAGGGGCAGAUUUUUUUCAAGGUAAUUAUGGUAACAUUAAAUAAAUAGAUGAAAGUUUUGAUAAUCGUUGUUUUUCUUUCAACAACUUUGGCUAUUUGAACUCUAUUAUUGCAUAGGCGAGACUAUUGUGGACUGGUGUGGAGUGCUAUGAAUGACUGGAGAGAGAAGAUUGAUCUGUUGCCCCCCACCAUCAUCAGACCCGAUGUCUUGUGGUCUGGCAAGCAGGUGAGAUAAAUGGAUUCUGCAUUGAUUUCCAAGAUAGUUGUUAAAAGGAAAUUAUAGGUUUAAAAAAACUGGUUGACUGGCGCAGUUUUAAACCGUCUAAAAAUGUUCCAGUAAAAGUGAGUGUUGCUAGAUUUACAAAUAUCAACUCAAUGAAUUUAGGUUUUGGGUACUAAUUGAUAAGCAUUUAAAAAAUGUAUUAUUUCCUCUCAAUGAACAUAAUGCAACAUACAAGUCCUAUAAGCUGGGGAAUAUCUGAAAAUUUGUUGGGUAUCUCUUGAUGCAUGUAACGUUUCUUGUUUUCAAGUUCAGAACCAUAAUACAAGCUUUGUUAUGAUUUGAAACUUCAUUUAUAUCUUCACGUAAAAUGUAGCCUUAAAUUUUAUUCAUAGAUGUUUAAUUAAACACUUGUUAUAGGUUAUCAGCACUAUCUUGUUGAAUAUCAUCCCAAAAGGAAAAGGACUUAUCAAUUUGAAAGGCAAAGCUAAGAUUCCAGAGAAGGUGAAAUUAGAUUAUUUUUUUUCCUUUUCCCGUUGAUUUGUUAAGUUCAGGAUUUUUUAGUAAUUUCAUUUUAUAAUAGGUUGUUAUCUGUAUUAUUCCCCCCCCCCCUCUCCAACCAUAAUGUUCUUAUUUAUCUUUCUCAUGUUCACAUUAUAUCACAUUUAUUAUUAAAGUGUAUUUUUAUACUAGUUUAAUUUAAUUAUCUUCCUAAUCUUACCAAAGAUACAUGUGCAAAAUUGUUCAGACAUUUUUGUCUUUGAUAUUUGUUUUAGAGUUGGACCCCUUGGGUAGACAGACACAACUCAGCUUCUCUGCCCUUACAUAUGGCAGGUUUAGAAUCAGAAACACUAGGGGAGAGCACUGUGAUUAUCCGACACGGAGAACUUCUCCAGGGUGUUUUGGACAAAGCACAUUACGGUCCAUCUAGCUAUGGGCUGGUGCACGGCUGUUACGAGGUGAGUACUAAUAAUGUCAAAAAGCGAAAUCUGUAACAAGAAGACCAUGUUUAUGCAGUGCACAUGAUGAGACAAAAUUGGGAGAUUGAAUUCAAAUACCUGUGUUGUGUGGUAUUACUACUGUGUUGUGUGGUAUUACUACUUUGUUGUGUGGUAUUACUACUGUGUUAACUCACAGGUCAGUAAUCUUAUUAUGUCAAAGUUAUGAGCCUCCACCACUAUUCUGAUGAUUACAUAAGGAUGCACUGAUCUAGACACUAUCUGCUGUGGCUUCUGGGGUUGUGUUGUUACUGGGGUUACAGUGUUAGGUCAAGACCUAGGCAUUGAGAUACCAGGCUGUUGAAUGAUAAAUAAAACUGAUUGGCUUCCAUAAUGUUAUACUUAAGUGAUCGUUUGAUUUCUCAGCUCUACGGAGGGGAGGUAGCAGGCAAGCUGCUUACCUACUUGGGACGUUUGUUUACUUCCUACCUUCAAAUGUCAGGAUUCUCGAUGGGUGUUGGUGAUAUCUUAGUCCAGAAAAAGGUAGGAUGUAAUUUUUAUGUUGAUUGUUUAUUGCCAUGGCUGUUCCUCUUUGAAUAUUCAUUGAUAUCUGAAUAAGAGAGCCAGUAGUACUAUUCAACAACUUUGAAUAUGAAUCUUUAAACACUAAUUAGUCACAUCCCAGUACCCUCUCCUGUCAAACUUUAGUCCUCUCACAUAAGUUAUUUAUAUUAUACCCUACCAAGUUAGUCAAUAAUGUUGAAAGGCGAGAUUAUAUUUUUCACUUUUUUAAUUUUGCACUCUUAACCGUUAUUGGGUCGUUAAUUACAGGGAAACAGGCGAAGGAAGUCUUUGAUUAAAAAGUCCCAAAACUUGGGUAAGGAGGCCGCCAUGAAAGCAUUCGGCUUGAGUCCACAAACAGACGACUUGGAUCUACUGCUGGAACUUAAGAAGGCCCACUUUGAUAAGGAUGGACUAAAGAUGGCAGAACUUGAUAUGUGCAUGAAGGGGGAGACAGACAGAGUGCAAGACGAUAUUGCAAAGUGAGAAAAGGGGAUGUUAGUUCAGUAUUUAUGAAUGUACAUUUUAUGGGUAACAACAGAGGGAAAACAAUUUCAAAAUAUUUGCUAUCAGAAAAUUCAAAUAUGUUCAGAUUUUAUAAGUGGGGGAAAAUCAUUGCCAGGGGCCAAGUUCUGGAGUCAUAAGAUAGAUUUUGAGCACCACUUCGUCCUAUUUUCACAAGACCUAAAAUUUUUUUACUUAUUUUAUUGUCUCGAAUGUAGCUUGACUUGUGAGAAUUAUUGGAAAAGCAACUUAAACAAUGGCAGGCAAUAAACUGGUAAUAUGUUUCUGCUCACAGGUCAAUAAUGCCAAGCACACUUGAGAAAGGAUUUCCUGAGAACAGCCUCCAACUCAUGGUACAAUCUGGAGCCAAAGGUUCACCUGUGAGUCAGUUAAUCAGCUUGAUUUCUACUUAUUUUAUUUCAAGAAACAAUUGUGAAGUUGUAUAGUUUUUUUUGAUUACAAAACAUUAGUCCCUUGAUUUAAAUAUAACUAUCCCUGUGGCGCUACAGCCCAUAUAGGGCUUUGGCCUGUCUCACCACUUCCUUCCACUCUGACCUAACUGAUACUUUUCUUUUCCAUGCUUGGAUUCCGAGCUGCUGUAGAUCUUUUUCAACAUUGUCUAUCUAUCUCAUUUAGUAUCAUGUAGAUCGUUUUCCACAUCAUCUAUCCAUCUCGUUUAGUAUCACAACCAUCUUGGGGGGCUGUCCCUUACAGCUCUCUUGUAAUUGCCUUUGUUUUAGUAUAAGUUUACCUAGUCCAUGUGGAAUCCUCUACUUCCUACAAGGAAGUUGGUUCUGAUUUUGGUCAGCCCCUUGUAUUUUAUUUCCCCAGUACUGCCAUAUCUGGUGGGCUUUCCCCUAUCCGCCAUUAGGGGAGGUGCUCGAUGGAAGAUCGGUAUUAACGCACAAUAUUCAAACCUAACAUGAACUGUGUAAUAAUGUAGAGAAAAUUAAGGGAUUAUGAAAUAGUGCAUUAUUUUUUUAAAAAGCUGGACAUCAUAUCUUUAUUUUUUCCCAAGCUAUAAGUUAAAUAACAUGAUUGGCACAGGCUGCAUGAAACAAAAUACACCAACCCCCCCCCCCCGGUCUGCUCACACGCCACACUAACAUUGUGACGCCAUGUCUUCCCUUUUAAUUUUUAAAAAGCGGGAAAUCAUAUCUUUAUUUUUUCCCAAGCUAAAAGUUAAAUAACAUGAUUGGCCCAGGCUGCAUGAAACAAAAUACCCCCACCCCCCCCCCCCCGGUCUGCUCACACGCCACACUAACAUUGUGACGCCAUGUCUUCCCUUUUACAGGUCAACUGCAUGCAGAUCUCAUGUCUGCUGGGUCAAAUAGAAUUGGAAGGUCGUCGUCCUCCGCUUAUGCUGAGUGGGAGAUCCCUCCCCUCUUUCCUGCCCUACGAUGUCUCCCCAAAAGCUGGGGGCUUUGUAACAGGGCGUUUCUUGACAGGGAUCAGACCGCAGGAAUACUUCUUUCAUUGUAUGGCUGGUAGAGAGGUCAGUAAACAACACACAGUGGUACUGGGGCAAAACGGCCAGUGCCUUGUUGAUAAGUGAUACAUAAAAAUAUCUAAUAAAAGCCUUCAAACAAAAUAGCAUUGAGUAGAGUUAAAAACAUGUAAAGCCAGCUUAAGCAUUAUUUGAUUUGAUGACAGGGAAUGACAAAAUUUGGAAAUCGUAAAGUUCCCUGCUUCUUCAAAUAGUGUAUGUUUAUCUAACAAUAAAAAAAAUUAGUUUAAAAAUGAUCUCUUGUUACUUUUUAAAUUGUUCUGAUGUCCUUAAUGAAUAGCCUUAUUAUGAAUAGGCCAAUAGUCCAUACCAAUGGUAUUAAAGUAAAUCAAUGAUGAGCUGCAAUGCAUUUAAAAAAUUUUAACUGAUGAAAUGUUCACUGUUAUGUCUUUAGUAAUGCGUCAUCUUUAUUGUUUGGAUUUUUUAAAUUAAAAAAAACAGAACAAAAAAAAACAAAAAAACUUUGCUUAGUCCAACCCUACUAUAUGGCCUCUCAUGUCCUCCAAUAGUAUCUAAUUAUAAACUUAUGAUUGCCUUCCAUUAGGGUCUUAUUGAUACAGCCGUGAAGACCAGUCGUAGUGGUUACUUGCAGAGAUGUCUGGUUAAACAUUUGGAGGGUUUAAUGGUCAAUUAUGAUUUAACAGUGCGAGACAACGAUGGAGGACUUGUUCAGGUAAAAAAGGAAUAAAUUGGAGUUGUCUACUGUGUUCUUUUCUUUGUUAUAUUUUCAUUUCUAUUGUUGGCUGAGGAAGGCUUUAUGCCGAAACGUCCUUGUUUUUUGUCCUGUUACCUUAUUUCAAGCUUCCACAUACCUCGUUUCACUAUCUCAUAAAAAAAGGAAGGAGGUUUCAUACUUUUGCAACUUUAUUUUAUUAACAACUAUCAGGUUUUUAAAAAUAAAAUUUUAACCGUCACACCUUUUGUAUACGAAACAUUUUAGCCAGCCCAUCAAAUGAAAAACUUAAUUUGGGAAAUUGUAUUAGCUGUCUCGGUUGUGAAGUGUCAUGAUUUCAUUAAAAACUCUUGAAGCACAUGUCUUUAACGCUGCCAUUUUUUUAGGGUGGUGGAACCAUACAAACGAUUGCAAUAAAUUGUCACAACUUUAAAAUAAACACGUUAGGACUGCUGAGUGAAUUAAUCAAUGUUUUCAUCCUUAGGUUUAUGUGUUCAAUGAAAAUGGAGUGACCUGCCAUUUGAAACAUGUAAAGCUUUAGCUCUUGUCCAGUCCAUUAUGCAACCUGACUAAUCCCAUUAACCAUACAUGGUUAAUGUUAAUGCCAACAUACCGUAGCUCCAACUUAUUGUUUUACUUUCUCCAGUUUUAUUAUGGUGAAGAUGGUCUGGAGCCUGUCAGAAGUCCUUACCUGCAGCCUUCACAGUUCCCAUUCCUCACAGAGAACCUCCAUGUUCUUCUCAGUAACUCCAGUGAUCCCUGGCUGACUAGUGCCAACAGGAAGGAAAUUAGGAAAAAUUGGAAACGGGUAAUUCAUUCUUCUAUUUGCAUCUAGCGGUGCAUCAUGAGCCAUUCACAAAUUCUUUCCUUUCAUCUCUCUUUUGAUCUAUUAUUAUGAACUCAUAAUUAUACUUUUUGCCUUUUCUCUCAUUCUAUCAGCCAGUCUUUUCUGAGAGUGUUCGGUGAUAAUUCUCUCUUUCUAUAGAUUCUACGACAGAGACUGGUUAGUUAUAUUGGACUUUGGUUUCCAAGGUGUGUGGCCACUCAAUCUCCAUUUUCUUCUCUAUAUUUCCCACUCUACAGAAUCCCUUCCUGAUCUUCUGUAUUAUCCCAUUUGGAAUCGUUUCAAAACUUAUAAUUUUUAGGAUCUUGUGCAAACAUCUGUUGGAGGGUAAGAGGCUGAGUCAAACUCAAUCUAAAAUAAAGAGGGGUUAACAAUGAAUAUUUAUAGUCUAACUUAAAAAAUGCAUGCCAAUAAAGUAUUAAAACCUUGUCUGCAACAGAUCAGCAAGUGGCGAGCUAACAGCACUGAACAUGGCGACUGGCAUAACAGAAACAGUGGGUUCAUACAGUUUUGUAAGGAACAAGAACCUUCUGAAUCAAACCAGGUUAAAAUAGUGACCAAAGGCAAAUACUCUGGGAGAUCUGUGGCAGCCAAGAAACUUUGUAAACUCUGGGAGGAAAUGGAUGAGGAAGAGAGGCAGAGGUAAACAUUUCUGAUGUGCACAAUGUGUUCAAAUAGUGUCCUGUCAUUGAUGGCAGCUGUAGCUAGGCUCAGAAGCUUAUCCCACAUUGAUGACAUCUCUAGCUAAGCUCAGAUUCUUGAGUGCACAAGAUAGUUUAAUUGUGUUUUUUUUCUAAACUUUUUUGUUUUAUUGAAAUGUUAAUUGUUAUCAAGAAGCAAAGUGGUGGCAAAAACAUAAGGCAUGUUAAAGUUGGAUUUUAAAACAAAUAAUGAUAAUGCAAAAUUUUUAUGUUGGUUUUAUUAUUGUUAAGAAUGUUAAUUCUUAUCAUUGAAUGUUAUGUGUGUGUGUGCUACAAUUUUUGUGAUCAUGAAAUGUUGUUUCUCUUGAUUUCAGGCUGUCCCCCAAAAUUGGAUGUCCUGAUCCUGUCAUGGCCAAGUAUCAACCCCACUCUCAACCUGAUGUCAUGGGGGAGAAAUUCAGGCACCUGCUCAAUGUGUACUGUAAGAAAAGUUUUCAUCAGGUAAGCAAGGGGUCUGCAGAAACAAAAGGAUUAGAUCAUGGCACCUGUUUUGCCCACACCUUGAUACAUCAAUAAGAAAAAAUAUACUUGAAAAAAUACUUAUUAAAAAUUUCAACUCUACUAACCAUAUUCAUAAAUUUUGUUUUUUGAAGUAAAUCUUCACAUCAGGGCUGUUGCAUUAAAGGCUAUUUCCAAUGGCAGCAUUUGAAAAUACAAAGAAUACAAAAUAUUUAUGAAAGUUUUGUUAAGGACAGUGCAACAAUAAAAACUUAUUAUAGCCCAUAUCUUUUCUAAAAUUCCUUGCUAAUUUAGAAUACAAUUUUUUAUAACUUGUGUUCCAAAAAAAAAAUAAUUAAAAAAUGUACCCUUUGUUUUUAUUAGAAUUAAAGUGUAGAAGUAGAAUAUUUUUUUUUUACUGAUUGAAAUCCUUCUGUGUUUAUAUCUAGAUAGCAUCACAACUUUCACUAAAUCUAAACCCAGAAGCUUUCAAAUCAGCUAUGAAUAAAAAAUUGGUCCAGGCCUUAGCUGACCCGGGUGAAGCAGUUGGCUUAGUGUGUGCACAGGUAAGACCAAAGGGUUGUUCAUUUUUAGACAAAUAAUAGGAAAAAGUUAAUUUAAAGCAUCUUAACUUGUUUUAAAACAUAGAAUAACAUUUUUUUUAAAAAUGUUGAAAUAAGAUUUAUUAUAAAUUAUUAGUUAAAGAGAGCCACUUGAAGUAUUAUAAAAAUUAAAAGAAUACUGUUGACAAUUGAAGUCUUCACUAUAUUUCAUCCUAUAUAUUUUUUUUUUAUAUAAUAUAUAUUUACUAACUUAUAUGUUACUUUAUAUUUUAUUCGUAUUGUCAAUUUGUGUAUGUAAAGUCUUAUCACUUACAGGAUAAUUAAAAAUAAAUUUAUUUGACUUUACUGUGAAAUAAAUAAUCCCUUUGCUUUUAUUGUAUUGAUGUUUCAAAGUGGAAAGCAUGUCAGUGUUAUUUGCAUUCACUCCCUUUAAAUCAUCGAACUUUGUCUUCUAGUCCAUUGGUGAGCCAUCAACACAGAUGACGCUCAACACCUUUCACUUUGCCGGUCGUGGUGAAAUGAACGUGACCCUUGGUAUACCUCGAUUGCGAGAAAUUUUAAUGACGGCCAGUGCACGGAUCAAAACGCCCUCCAUGGACAUUCCUGUUCAACCCGGUCCAGAUAACAGAGUCAAGGCUGAACGCCUGUACAGGCACUUAAAUAAAAUAACCAUGGAUAGGGUAGGCAGAUUUGAAGGAUUUGAUUGUUUUGAAUUUAAAAAAAAUUAAUAUAUAUGGCUAGUUGUUUUGUAACUCUCACUGUGGACCUUGUCUCAGCUGUCAAAGAAGUACAAAACAAUUCUUGGGUAACUUAUUAUAAGCAAUUAAAAUGUUUGGCUAUUUGGAAUCGCCCGAUGAGUUUAACCCACAAAUGUUUGAAAUAGUGAUCUCUGGUCUAUUCCCAACUGUAGGUUGUAGAGCAUGUCAAGGUGAAGAUUUAUUCCACGUGCUCAAAUAACGGAUCUAAUUUGUAAGUGAAUACACAACUAAUAACUAAUAAGUGUGAAAACAACAAAAAAAAUUAUAAAGUUAUUACAAAUCUAGCAAAAAAUGUUAGGCUUGAUUAUUUAAGUGUAACUGAACAUUUGAUCAAAUAUGCAAAUGCUAUUAAAUAUAGUUUUUUCACCCAUCCAUCCCUGUGGCACUACAAUCCAUAUAGGGAGGGCUUUGGCCUGCUUCACCACUUCCUUCCACUCAGACCUAACUGAUGCUUUUCCAUGCUUGGAUUCCCAGCUGCUGUAGAUCUUUUUCCACACUGUCCAAAGCCAAGGUCUGCCUUUGAGCCCUUUUACCUCUGGGGCUUUGGUGGUGCACCCUCUUCACUCCUCUGUCAUUUAGCAUCCUUUCUAAGUAUCCAGCCUUGUUUUUAUUUCUGCUACUAGCGUGGGAUCCUGAUAUAGUCUAUACAAUACCUGGUUGUGCGUAUUCUCCAUCCAUAUUCAUCCUUUGUUGAUCCAUAUAUUUUCCGGAGAACUUUUCUUUCCUAUGUGUUUAAUAGUUUUUCUGCCAUUUUCGUUAGGGUCCAAGUUUCAUUUGCGCAUGUUACAACUGGUCUGAAUACAGUUUUAUAUAUAGUUUUCUUUCUUUUUCUUGUCAUAUUUUUACUUUUGAGUAUUUUCUGACUACUAAAGUAUGCCCUGUUUCUGGCAAAUAUGCUUUCUUUUUCUUUCUUUUGUUAAUUCAUUUCUUUUAUUUAAUAAAGAUGCUAGAUAUUUGAAUUAAUUUACUUUUUCAAAAGUGUGGUUUCUAAUUUUAAUGGCUUCAUCUGUCUUUUCUUCUCUUUUCUUAACUUCCAGUCCUGCUUGUAGUGACACGUCUGCUAAUUCAAUAAAGGCUUUUGAUAUAUCUUUACUACUUUUACCAAACAGUGCUGUGUCAUCAUCAUAUGCAAGAUACUGAAAGGGUUGAUUGUAGAGAGUGCCCAUUGGUUGUGGGUCUUGGGUUUCUCUCAGAAAGUAGCCUGUUAUUGUGCCUAAGAGUUCAAUAUGUAUGUUUCUUAUAACUCUCUCUAACAUUAUGUUAAAUAGCAUACAAGACAGUGACUCUCCUUAUCUAAUCUGAAAUUCCCUUGAAUUUUCUCCCUGAACCUUGAUUUUGCUUUUUGGGUUGUUUAAUGUUACAUGUAACAGUCUUGUCAAUUUGUUGGGUAUGCCAAACUCCUGCAGAGUCUCAUAUACAUAGUUUCUUUUGAUGCUGACAUAGGCCAUCUUAUAGUCCACAUAGAGUUAGUGAUUUGGGAUAUAAUAUUCGUAACAUUUCUCUAAUAGGCAUCUAACGGUGAAAAUCUGAUCAGCCAUUGAUCUGUUUUGUCUGAAUCUACAUUGGUACUCACUUAGUAUUUGUUCAGUGUAUGGUUGUAGUCUUUUAGUUUUGUCAGUAUUUUGUAUGUAACAUUCAAUAAGGAAAUUCAUCUCUAGUUUGUGUAUUGAAGUUAGAAAUUUUCUUGUAUUAUUAUUUUGGUUAUUAGUGUUGUUUCUCAUUCUGUUAGAAUUUUCACUUCUUGCCAAAUUUUAGUUUUAAAUUUUAGUUGUGUCUUGAGUGUGUAGUGCUCUUCCUCCAUAUUUAAUGAGUUCUGUUGUGGUGAGGUCUUCUCCAGGGGCAUUGUGGUUUUUCAUAGAAUUGAUUACUCCUGACAUUUCUUCCAAAGUUGAGGAGUUUAUUGAAUGGUCUGGUCCUCCAUUUGGUGGUUGAUAAUAUUCAUCUUGUCCAUUUUCUGCAUUUAGUAUGCCCUCAAUAUUCAGCCCAUGGCUCUUACACAUUUGAGGCCUGGCUUGGUAUCCAUUAUUUUUGUCUUUUAUCUUCAUGUACAUUACUCUGGUAUUUCCCUCUCUUGAUAAGUCUUCUAUUUCUUUUAGUUAAGCUUUUUUCCAUUCCCAUUAUUUCUUCUUACACAUUUUUGUGGCUUUCCUUCUGGCUUCAUUAUAUGUUUGUCUAACCUUUCUGGUUUCCUUUUUGUAUCAUGGUCAUUUGUGCCUUGUUCCUUUCUUCGACAGUCUUCUCAUAUUUUUUUUACAUUUGAUUUCUAAUGUAGUAAAUAUAAACAAUUGGCUUAUACUGAAAAUUUAUCCUAAAGCCUUUCUUAUUCAUUAUAGGAUUCUGUGAUAUUGUGUUGUUUUUUUUACACAUACUCAAAUUUAAAUCUUUUCUCCUUUCCUUGUGUUUUAUUUUAUUUAUUUAGGGGCAACUCAAAGAUGUUUGAGGCCAGAAUAAAAUUUCUGCCACAUCGAAACUACAAGGAAUUCACAAAUCUCACGCCCAAGACCAUCAUGAAGUUUGUUGUCAAACACUUUGUAGUAAUGGUAGACAACAACGUCACCAAGGAAAACACAAUUUUAGAGAGAGCCUCGUAAGUAUCCCUUGAUAAUUUUCCCCAUAAUUCAUGUGUCGACACAGCUUACCCCCAGGCUGGGGUACCGUGCUAUAUAAACCACUAAUCCCCACUAAUAAUAAUAAUAAUAAAUGUGAUAAGUUCUCGACACCCAACUUAAAUGAUGGAAAGAUUUUUCAAAGUUAGAAAAUUUUAGAUUUUUAUUUUUUUUUUAUUUUGUGACAUCACCAAACCCCCCGCCAACCCCCGGAGCAUGUCAUAAUUUGCGAACGACCCCAAACAAACUCAUGCAUGUAACUUUUCAAGAAAUUAAUUCACUUAAAAUAAAUAUCUGCAAAAGAAGGUUGAAAUGCAUAAUUACCAAGAUCCAGGCCAUUUGAAACAGUCUGGUGGGUGGAAUUGACCCUGCAGUUGCACAGGAAUUAUCACCCCAACAGUAACUCAACUGUAGUUGGCCUUCAGGACCACGGUUAUUUUGAGUUUCUGUUCACAGUGAAAAUAAAGUUGAGAAAGUCUCGUCCUGGCAGCUGUCACUGGCUACAAUGCAACAAGGCAAUCUGCAAUGGUGAUGCAGGAAACCCUCUUCUGUGUAGAAACAAUGAAUUAAAUAAUAACUUGCUUCCCAAGAAAUUGUUGAAGACAUCCUGUGAGUCACAGAUGAAGAGCUUAAAGUUUUCACUAAAUCAUUUUGAUUGUUGUGUUUUGCAGUUUGCUAUCCAGUGGUCGACUGCGGCGUACAGCCGAUAAGGAAGGGGAGGGGGCUGAAAACAAAGUGGACGGGAAUGCUAAAACUAUCAACGCUGAUGAAGACCUGGACAUAGAUGCAAACGAUGGAGAUGCCACUGCUGUGAAAGAGCAACUGAGGCAGCAGGAUACGCAAGGGUAUGAAGGCGAGGAAGAGGAGCAGAAGGAAGUACAAAUUGAAGGUAAGGCAAUGCAUUGUUUUUCUCUCUUGUCUUCAGGAUGUUUACUUCUUGAUGAUGUUAGGCUUUUCAGUUUUCAGUUUUACUGUACAUAUCAUAGUAAAAAAAAUGAUUUUUAAACAUUUUUAAUUUCCUUUAUGUAUUGAUCAUUGCAAACCAAAUCUGUUUUUCAUACCAAAAAAAUUAUUGUGCAACAUUCGAAGAAUAAAAUCCCCUAUAGUUACUUAGAGAGCACGUGCCACUGGCUUUGUAACUUUUAAUUUUCCUAUCAAGACAAUGACAGUGGUGAAAGUGAUAAGGAAAGCAGCGAGAGCGAUGAGGAUGCUUCAAACAACAGUGAUGUGGAAAAGGCCAGUAAGAAAGAGAUGACAAAAGAAGCCAAUGACUUGGUCACCAAAGAAGGCAAUGACUUGGUCACUCAAGUAAGUGCUAUGUUUUAAAAAAGUGUGGCACAUUUUUCGAAUGAUUGACACGGUAUCCCAACAAAAAAAAUUGACUAACACAAUAUCACAACAGAAAUAUGUGUAACUUUCUUUACCAUAGACCAGUGGUCGGCAAACCGCCGCUCGCCGCAUGCAGUACUUUAGCGACCUGAGUGCGGCUCGGCCAGUGGGCCACAAAUUGGUUUUGACUCUGAAAAACAUGGUUCUUGAAAAUAAAUUUGGCUCUCAAAAAUUUUUUAAUCGUCCUGCUGCUGAUUUUGGCUCUUUUGACUAAUGAGUUUGCCGACCACUGAUAUAGACUAUUUCUAUUAAAUAAUCUGCUGCUUACAUUGAGAUAAAAAUAAAAUGAUUUAAAAAUUUGAACUUGUUGAGUAGCAUUCCUUACAUUAGAUAAAGUAUUAUUAAAAUGUCUUAGUAAAUAACAAAUUUAUACAUUUUGAUUCAGGCAUUGAUGCACGGUUUUGUUCAUGAAUUUAAAAUGGAUGAAAAGAAAUACAGGUCGUGUGAGAUCACCUUCUCGGUAAGUGGGUCUCAAAUGCUUGCUUCUUUGGGGUACUUAAUUAAUCUAAAUGCCAAGUACCUUUUAAAAUAACAAUAUCUUUAUAUAUGUGGCAUCCUAUUUGAAAAAAGAUUAUGUUCAUAUCUUUGAACAAGUUUUUAAAAUGAUAAGACUUCUGGUCUACGACCAGCUUUAUAUUAGCUUCAAAUGGGUGAUGUUUAUAUAAACUAUUCAUAAAUUUUUGGUUUGGCUAUCACCAUCAAAUGCUAUUUAACAGAUGAACUUUUCAGAGCUGAAAUUGGGUGCACAGCUUAGCCUCAGGGACACUUUUAUUUUUUAUCUUUCAAAAAUUAAUAGGAUGCUUAGUUUACCUGUUUUCAAAUAUUAGCAAAAUGUUAGAAUCGGAACCAAAAAAAAUUCAGGGAUAUGUCACAAUGUAUAACAAGAGUUGAUUUAGUUCCAUCUGGAAAUGACAGCUAUUCAACUUAGUUAUUACACUUACACACAAAAAUGGAUACCGGUAAUUAAAAUUAUUUAGUAUUUUUCUUGGUUUUCUUUAAAAGUUGCUUGAUAGAUAUGUUUUAUUUAAAACCUCUGAUAAUGCUUAAGAGAAAAAAAAUUGGUAAACAGCAAAGCCUUAAUAACUUUGCCUUAAUAACUUUCCCUAAUUUGAACCUAGUAUGAGCAGAGCCGGCUCCAACUUGAUGUACGAAUGCUGCUAAAAAAAACAAUCCAGAGUGCUGUCUUGCACCAGGUCAAGGGUAUUAAUCAGGCAUUUUUGUCAGAGGAAAAAGAAAAUGGAGAAACUGUUUUACAUUUAAAAACUGAAGGGGUCAACAUACAGGUAAGAGGAACAAAUAUUUGACUAUCUAUCGUGUCUUGUUUGGCAUACCAUAGGAACAAAACUGAUUUUGUCUUAUCCUGUGUUGUUUGCUUUAGCAUAGGAACAAAACUGAUUUUGUCUUAUCCUGCGUUGUUUGCUUUAGCAUAGGAACAAAACUGAUUUUGUCUUAUCCUGUGUUGUUUGCUUUAGCAUAGGAACAAAACUGAUUUUGUCUUAUCCUGUGUUGUUUGCUUUAGCAUAGGAACAAAACUGAUUUUGUCUUAUCCUGUGUUGUUUGCUUUAGCAUAGGAACGAAACUGAUUUUGUCUUAUCCUGCGUUGUUUGCUUUAGCAUAGGAACAAAACUGAUUUUGUCUUAUCCUGUGUUGUUUGCUUUAGCAUAGGAACGAAACUGAUUUUGUCCUGUCCUGCGUUGUUUGCUUUAGCAUAGGAACGAAACUGAUUUUGUCUUAUCCUGCGUUGUUUGCUUUAGCAUAGGAACGAAACUGAUUUUGUCUUAUCCUGCGUUGUUUGCUUUACCAUAGGAACAAAACUGAUUUAGUCUUAUCCUGGGUUGUUUGCUUUAGCAUAGGAACAAAACUGAUUUAGUCUUAUCCUGGGUUGUUUGCUUUAGCAUAGGAACAAAACUGAUUUUGUCUUAUCCUGUGUUGUUUGCUUUAGCAUAGGAACAAAAAUCCUAUGGUCUUGUUUUGUCUUCUUGUGAAGUGAAUCAUAUUUCAAAAUAUCAUCUACCAAUUUUCCCCCAUGUUGUUUUUAAAAUCGCCUCUACCAAUCAUUUCUAGAUAUUUAAUAUUCAAUCUAUUGACCUGUUGUUUGAAUUCCCUUAUGGUUAAUUAUUGUUGACCAAGCAUUGUUCAUUUGUGUAUGUUUUUAUUUUCCGUGUUAGGAAAUGUUCAAAUAUCCAGAGACUCUUGACUUGGACAAAAUCUACUCCAACUGCAUCCAUACUAUAGCCCAAGUGUACGGCAUUGAGGCAGCCAAUAGAGUCAUCAUAAAGGUUUGUCAACUUAGCUUAUAGGGAUGGUGUAGUUUUUACAGAUUUCAGCUGUUUUUAUGUAAAUAUUCAAACACUCAAAGACACUCUGGAAGAGUUAAAAAUGUGUUCAACCAUUUUGUUUUAAACACAUUUUUAAAGAAUAAAAUGUCUUAUUAUCAGGGUGAAGAAUCUAUAACAUUGGAGGCAACUUUCCGUAAUUUUAUAUUUAAUUUAAACAACUGGGCAUUGUCUAUAUAAGUAUAUUUGUACGUCAAUGUGGUAUGUACCGCGCUUCGAGCCUUUGGGGAUGAAGCGUGAUUUUUAAAUAAUCUUUAUUAUUAUUAUUAUAUAGCAAUAUGAUUGAACCAUUGCUUGUGUCUGUAUUUAAUCAAUAUAAGUGGACAUUGCUGUUUUUUUUUCCUAUAGGAAAUCCAAAAUGUGUUUGGUGCUUACGGCAUCACUGUCGACUACCACCACCUCUCUCUGUUGGCCGACUACAUGACAUCACGAGGGCAGUACGAUGCCUUCAACCGACGAGAUUUCAUGUACAACACCUCCCCGUUCCAGAAGAUGACCUUUGAGACCACAAUGAACUUCUUGCUGGAUGCCUGCGUGCUGGGCAGCGUGGACAGUUUAAAAUCUCCCAGCGCUAGCCUGAUUGUCGGAAAGGUUGUCGGUGUUGGGACGGGCUGCUUUGAUAUACUGGAUCCUCUGCGAUGAUCUGUUUUGGAUGCGGCACUGCUUUUUUGUUUUUUCCAUCGGUUAUUUUUUCCAGUGAGAAUGUCAUCAGGAGGUUGUGUCAGCAAGUCUCAAAUUGUAUCAUCCAGCAUUAAUCCCUACCUUGAGAAUAUGUUAAAAAUUAAUCAUUUCCCCUGACUUGCAGUGUGAAUUAGUACGAGACAAAAAUUCAAUUAUGUUUAUUUUAACUACACUUUGAUGUGAAUUAUUUACUGCAUUUAUUACUAAUCAUGGCACAAAUUUACAUGCAUUUAUCUAUGAUAAAGUUCCCUUUCACUAAAAAUCUGGACUAACAGUUUAGGUAACGUUAAAACACUUGUAUAAAGAAUGUAUUGAUAGUUAUUUUGUUAAAUGACAAAAAUCAGUUUUGUUUAAUUUCAGUUGGGUCAAUCAGUUGGCUAAAAUGAUUGGCUUUUUUUUUUGGUCAUCAAUUUGAGAUCAUUAAUCUUAUACUUAAGUCAUUUGAGUUUUGUAUUUAUAGUUCUCAAUGUGUUUACAUCAAUAGCUGAUUUGAUGAGUUAUUGCCUCUGUUGUUUUGUUAUGUUGAUGCUUUUGAAAAUGAAGGCUUUCACAUUUGUCAGUGUGUGUGUUUGUGAAUGUACGAUGAUUGUUUUGUGAGAAUACUGUUAUACAGAUUACACCUAUAUUUAAUUUAAAAAAUGUUAAACCAAUUCAUAACUGCUGGCUUUUAAUGUUAGGAUUAUGUUUAAAUUUAAAACAUUCUACAAAAUGUAUUCCACAAGAAAUGCCUUACCUGGCAUAUCUAGACUUCAUAUGGCUGGAAUGUUGCAGGAGUGAAAACAAAAACCACAAGAAAAUAAUUGCUUUUCCUCCUUGUCACUACUGCUGGAAGUCACACAAGUAAACCUUGAAGGGGUUGUGUCUGCCUGACUGGCUGGCAUGGUUGUCAACACAAGUAAACCUUUAAGGGGUUGUGUCUGACUGACUGGCUGGCAUGGUUGUCAACACAAGUAAACCUUGAAAGGGUUGCGUCUGACUGACUGGCUGGCAUGGUUGUCAACACAAGUAAACAUUGAAAGGGUUGUGUCUGACUGAUUGGCUGGCAUGGUUUAUCAACAGUUCAUAAAUAGUUUAAAAAUCAACAGUUCAACCAAGUUUACCUUUUUAGAAAUAUUAACAAUUGAAUAUAGGCUAAUACACAUAAAUAAAACAGAAUUUACCCGUG